AGCAGCUGACAUUUUUCUGCUGCUUGCAUUUGCCAGGAGUUUGUUUAAUGGUUUUAGAAAUAAUAGGCAAAUAAUUAAUAACAAGAUGUCGAUUCCAAACCCAAUUGGAUUUCGGAGUCAAAUCCAACAAGUGCACAUAGCGGACGGAUUUGCGGAUGACUGCGAGGAACUGAUCCAUCGUUGGAUCAAAACUGAUACGCUCACAUUCGAAACUUUCUGUGAGCUUUGGAAGGAUAUGCAAUUUGAUAUGCUGUACCAUGGCAGAUCUUCAGGAACAGAAAUAGCAGAGCUGUCGGAAGAACUCAUACAAAUUGCCAAACAUUACAUGGUCUCAAACCCUGAUAACUUUGAGGAAUCCGUAGGUGGUCUGUUUCUAGUGUACGGUUUAAUAAACCUGCAACCAUAUCCGGGUUUCGCAACGGUGCGCUUCGUGCCUGAGGAUGUUUACGCCAUCAAGCGUAUAGAAACCAUGGCGCGUGCGUCGAGGCGGAAGGAUGUGCUUUACAUCCUGGGCUCCGUGCUGAUCAAGGGACCUGUGCAGUACCACGCGGCAGCCAGGGAACGAGGAAUGGAAGCGGCUUUGAAGAAGUAUGCUGAAGGUACCACAGGCAUAGACAGAAUGGGCGUGCGGCCUAAAGGCGUGUUCUUCCGCCAGAAUGAGGAGCUUGAUCUGUUGAGAGAGCUCAACCACAUCACCAGGCGGUACGCGGAAGCCAAGAAGGCCAUACCAGGUAACCCUAUAUGCCUCAACUACGUAAACGAAAAGCUGGCGACUGAACUGGACACAUCGCUCAAAGGGAUCAUCAAUGGAAUCGUGGAAGAAGGAGACGAGGCGAACAAGAAGAUAUCAGAGCACUACUCCACUGUCCAAGCGAUAAAGGAUAAAGCCAUGAGGCAGGGUGUGGAAGGCGUCAAGUUCUUGGUCACCACUAAAGAAAAAGUCGAAGAAGAGAGUCCGGCCAAAGAAAAUGACGAGCCUAAGAAAAAGGAGAAAGUUAAAACGGAUAAACCUGCAUUUGUCAGGAAGAAGUACAAGAAAAGGUGCUUCGUCAAAAACCUCGCUAGAAAAACCCGCAAACGGAAGAGGGAAUCCUCUUCUUCUGACAGUAAUAGCCCUGAACCAAGUCCGCCACAGUCAGAUGGAUCUCAAGAAGACACAGACAACGAACUCCUAAAUUCUCCCAGCGAUUCUGACACAGAACCAUCACCCAAAUUAAAAGUAUACACAGAUCUCAAUCUCGAAGCAUUCACCAAAGCCGUCGAACCCGAAAAAACAGACCUCAAAGAGGCGGAUCUAAGUGGGGAAAAAGAAAUAAACAUCGAGAUAGACAGGAUACCAAUUUACAUAACGGAACAGGACGGGAAAUUCUUCCAAAUAGAAAUCAUCGAUGAAAAGAACGAAUCCCAACCGGCUACAGAAGAUUCCGGAGCAACAUUGAGCAAAAUUGAUGAUGUUUCUAUCACGAAGAUAAACCCACACGGAGAAGGCACUUCCAAAGACUCAGAUUCAGAAGAAGAGACUGUGGUUACUGAUAAAGAAAUGAAGAAGAAGGCGAACUUGAAAAAGCCAGACAAAAAGGAACUGAAAAACACGAAAAUAAGGUCCAAAUUCAAACGGCUGGGGCUGCUGCAUAUGACCAACUUCGAGAUGACCCCCGAAGAGCUGUCUGAGAAAAUGAAAAACAAAAGGGGUAGGAAAAAAAUUCAAAAAUCACCACAGUAAAUCAUGCAUAAUAACCAUCAAUACACUAAAACUGUACAUAUUAUUUUCAUAGACGUAGCUUGACGAUUAAUGAAAAUUAAAAUGAAAUAUUUUAUUCAGCGACACAAAACAACAUAAAAAAAUUAAAACAAAACUAGAACUAAAUAAAGUAUGUACUUUAUGUUCUAUGCGCGGGAGUGCGCAAGGUAUUUUCAUAUGGCAAUAGUUCGUUCGUUCUGCCAAAUGACGUCCACUGCUGUACAAAGGCCUUUCCCAAGUUUCCAUAACGAAAAUCACCGGUCCUGAGGUGGAAUUGUGUAUAGCAAUCGUACCUAAUCAUUUAACAGUUCAUAACGUACGAUAAAAUCCGUUAAACAAAG